AUGAGCUUAAAGGCCAAUUACUACGACAAGCCGGAGGGCGAAGACCUAUUCGGUAAGAUGAUCGCCACCAACAAGUACGCAUUGGCCGGUGGUCUCGGUUGGUCCACGGUCGAAGUGAUGAUGGUAUCGAAACCGAAGGGAUAUAUGCCCACCAUCGCCCGGUACAUGUAUUUCACGGGCCCGUUCGUCGGGAUGGCCUCGGCCUUUACCGUCGGUACAUACGCUGCCAACAAGCUGCGCGGUCAGGAUGAUGGCUGGAACUACGUUGCCGGUGCGUUUGCGGCUGGCGGUGUGUACGGCGCGUGGAAGCGAAAUGUCAUCAGUGGGCUGGUAGCUGGUUUAAUUUUCAGCGUCGCGGGCGCACUCAAGAAGCAGUCCGUGGAUGAAGGCUGGGAAUUUUUCCCCGAUGUAAAGAAACACGCCGUCAGCGCGGUCAAUCCGAACCGUUACGAUUUCACCUUGACUCAGGAACGCGAACGGGGAUGGACGACCGGCAAGUGA